UCAAAAUGUCAAUAGUCAAUGUUUGUUUGGGAUUUGAGGUUAAGCUUAAAAGUGUGGAAAAAGUGUAGGUAAACUGAUUAAUCGACAUAUAAUUUAGGUCCAUAUAUAUAAUUCGUUGAAUAUGUCUGUAACGACCAAGACUCUUUCAUCUUUAGUAGGCAUAUCUCCUUUGUUUUCAAGAAUUUUGUCAUCUUUACCCUCUCAAAAUUUUACCUACUCUUUUGCUUAUGGUUCUGGAGUUUUCAAACAGGAUGGUGUAAAAACAUCAAAGCCUAUGAUUGACAUGGUUUUUGUUGUUGAGGACGCUUUAAAGUUUCACUCAGAAAAUAUUCUCAUGAACCCUACCCACUACUCAGGACUUAGGUAUUUAGGACCAGGAUUUAUUUCAACUUUGCAAGAGCGGUGGGGAGCAAAUGUUUAUUUUAAUACCUUAAUACCAUUUGAAGAUGUUACAAUAAAGUACGGUGUUGUAUCUAGAACUGAUCUUGUAACAGACCUAUUAGACUGGAAUCAUAUAUAUUUGUCAGGAAGACUUCAUAAGCCAGUAGAAACACUUCAACAAACAAGCAACUCAGAACUGCGGUCAGCUCUUCAGUUGAAUUUGCACAAUGCUUUACAUGCUGCAUUAAUUAUACUACCUGAAAACUUCACAGAGCGAGCAUUGUACAAAACCAUCACAUCCUUGUCUUACACCGGUGAUUUCCGAAUGAUAAUAGGAGAAGACAAAGACAAAGUAAGCAACAUCGUUGACCCACAAAUAGAAUCUUUUCGAGUUUUGUAUGCUCCUGUUAUCAAAACUCUGCAUGACUUUGUUGACGUUCCACUUGAUCGUGGAUGUGAUGUGAACUGUAGUCAAGAUACAUUUCCAUCAGCAAAACUACACCAUCUGAACCAGCUCCCAAGAACUCCUCAACGAGCGAUUGUACGGUUUUGGAACAAACAAGCAGGUGGAAAAAGACAAGACACUGAAGAUGUUUUGCGAGCAGUAGCUCAUGAUCCAGACUGUGGUGAAAUUUUAAGAAUGUGCCUAAGCAAUAUUGUAUGGACUUCUAGCAUAACCCAGAGUUUGAAAGGGAUAUUUACAGCAGGUUUGUACAAAUCAGUUAGGUAUAGUGGAAGUAAACUCUAUAAAAUGGCCAAGUCAAUCAGUAAAAAGAAAAAUAUCAACUUACCAUAAAAUUGAGUUGUAUAGCUUAAGUUACCGGCAUGCUGGGAGAUCUUUAUUUUUGCUCUGAGGAUUAAGAUUCAGCUGUCGUAAUAGUGAAUUUAUGAUGAUACAUUUUAGUUUGUAUAAGUAGUUACUUGUAGAACCUUUUCAAACAAUUAAUUUUUUUGAAGAAUUAAAACCUAUUCCAUAAAAAUGUUUGUGAAAUCUUAAAAAUCCAGAGUCUGUGUUAAAGCAGACCUGCAUAACAUUAGUUUGAAAAUGGUUUAACAGUUACCUAAAAAAAAGAAAUAUUUGAAUAAAUGGACCUUUUCCGUUAAUUCACUACCACUAGUUUUUAGAGCAAUAGAUCAUUAGCGAUUGAAGUGGUAGGCCUAGUGAAUUGAACUUUGGUUAGGUUAGGUUAGUAUCAAGUUUAGUACAGACUUAGAAAACCUUAACCUAACCUAACCAAAUUCCACUCUAGUGAAUUAACAGUAAAGGUCCCUAAAUUGUAUAUUGCAGUUUUGUUGACCUCAAGGGUACAGUUUCUUAACUGGGCUAUGCUAAUAUUGAUUGAAACUAUCGAUUCGAUUAGUAAACCUUCAUGCGAUUUUUUCACCAUCAGCAAGUUAGGUUGGUUAGGUUAGGUUAUGAUAGUUUUAUUUUAAAAUAGAUAUAUUUAAAAAAAUAUCGAUUAUUAAUCAAUACUUUCAAUUCGAUAGUUUCAAUCAAUAUUAGCAUAGCCCAGUUAAGAAACUGUACCCGACCUCAAAAACUGAUAUAGGCUACCAAAGUGAUCUCAAUGUUUUACAACCAUUAUAAGUACCUAUCAAUAUUAAGUGUUUUUGGUUGAUUAAUUUAGGAUCCAUUACGGUACUAAGUAAACUUAGUUAGUAUGCCCUAAAUUACUGUAAAAUGCACGUUAGGCCUACCGGUAUUCAGUAUGGUAUGUAACAAAAUCCCUUUCUUUUCGCCCGCUUGUCGAUUUAACUAUCUCGUUAAUCAUUUUUAAAACCACCAUCAGUUAAACACUGCCUAAGGAUAUACAACCUUACCAGAUUUAAUUGUAUUAUUUAUGUAAAUUCAAAAAGUACCUAGCUCAAAAAUGUUCACCUUUUUUUGCACAGCACCAAAAGGCCAAAAUGUACCAUUACAUUAUUCUAUUUAAUAAAUGCAUUUGAAAGCCUAUUUGGGUUGUAGUGCUCGCCUUCAAAUCUUAAGGUCGCUGGUUUGAUUCCAAGCGACAUUGUUUCCAGACAGAGAUGCCAUUUAUUUGUUAUUGGACUAUCUAUUAAUGAUGCUAUCUAAAAAUAGGUUGAUGUUAGAUGGUAACAAAAUCAGUGUUUGAACCGUUCCUUAACAGCGUUAAAAAUGCAAAAUUCAUUCUCACACACAAAAAAAAUUAUAGCCUAAAUAAAAAAGAGUCAACAGGUUGCUGUAUGUAGAUACCUACUUAUUUCCUUAAUUUUACUUCUACUGAGGUAAGUUAAGCUGAUACUUGAUAUACCAUGUAUAUUGUAAUAAUGUAAUAAUUUGUAUACUACUAAUUUUUA